AUGCGCGUUCUUACCGCCGCCACCUUUCUCAAAUCACUCCACAGCCUCCACUUUUUCAGACUCACCUCUUCUCUCCCCCUUCUUCUCGACGAAACACAGCACUUUAAAACACCACCACACAGCGCCACCUAUUCGCCAGAUAAUGAUCACGUUGGAAAGUCAACGCUGGCAAUGGACCUCGCCUCUCUACUUGAGGAACCGAAGCCGAAACCGAAACCCAAGAGUCGGAUGGAGCUGAAGCGGUUUCUGGAGCUCCGAAUAAAAAAACGGGUCAAGGAGCAACACGCCAAUGGCAAGUUCCAUGACCUAAUGAAAACCGUGAUUUCCAACGCAGAAACCCUUCUCGAUGCUUACGACUGCAUCAGGAUCAACUCCAACACCCUCGACGCGGAUUCGAGUUCGAGCCACGACGUUUCCUUUUUGGAUGAUCUAGCUGAAGAGCUCGGGAAAGGGGAAUUCAAUGUGUGUGCAAAUACGUCGUCGUUCUCGACGAGGAGAGGUUCUGUGAGCAAAGAGAUAUUGGUGCUGCCCAAUUUGAGGCUGAAGGUUGUGCAAGAAGCGAUGAGGAUUGCUUUGGAAGUUGUUUACAAACCACAUUUCUCAAAGAUUUCGCACGGCUGCCGGAGCGGGAGGGGCCGUGCGGCCGCAUUGAAGUACGUGUGCAAGGGUGUUUUGAGUCCUGAUUGGUGGUUCACAAUGCUUGUGGUUAAGAAAUUGGAUGCUGCUGUGUUGGAAAAGCUGAUUUCCACAAUGGAGGCGAAGAUAGAGGAUCCAAGUUUAUAUGGUUUCAUUCGGAGCAUGUUUGAUGCUCGAGUGUUGAAUAUCGAGUUUGGGGGUUUUCCUAAGGGACAUGGUCUCCCACAGGAAGGGAUUUUGUCCCCUAUUCUGAUGAAUAUUUACCUUGACCUCUUUGACAGUGAAUUUUGUAGGCUGGCGAUGAAAUAUGAAGGCAUAUGCGGUGGAGGGAGAAAGGAGGGAGACAGGUCUGGCUCCGUGUUGCGCGAUUGGUUCAGGAGACAGUUGGAUGGUGAUGAUAUUAGGAAGAGUUCUGGUGUGAAAGUUUACUCUUGUCGCUUUAUGGAUGAAAUGUUUUUCGCGGUUUCUGGUUCAAGGGAUGCUGCUGUUAAUUUUAUGUCUGAGGUCCAGAGUUAUUUGAGGAGUUCUUUGCUGUUGGAUGUGGGUGAUCAAACUGAUGUAUUGCCCUGUGAUGGGUCUCAUGGUAUCCGGUUUUUGGGAACUUUGGUGAGAAGAACUAUUAGGGAGAGUCCUGCUGUAAAAGCUGUUCACAAGUUGAAGGAAAAAGUGGAGUUAUUCACUUUGCAAAAGGUGGAGGCAUGGAAUUAUGGGACGGUUAGAAUCGGGAAGAAAUGGUUGGGUCAUGGUUUGAAGAAAGUUAAGGAAUCAGAAAUCAAGCAUUUAGCUGAUAGUAGCUCCCUCUUGAACAAGGUUUCCUGUUUCCGCAAGUCUGGAAUGGAAACCGACCAUUGGUAUAAGCACUUAUUGAAGAUAUGGAUGCAAGAUGUUCAGGCAAAAAAUGUCAAUAGUGAAGAAAGUAUCUUAUCUAAGUGUGUUGCAGAGCCAGCUCUCCCUCACGAGCUAAAAGAUUCCUUUUAUGAAUUUACUAAGCAGGCAGAGCAGUAUAUAUCUGCUGAGGCAGAUUCUAUUCUCAAGCUUUUGCCAAAUAAUAGCAUCUCAACAGAACGUCCUAUGGCAAAAACUGAGAUUAUUGCUCCUAUCAAUUCCAUAAAAUUGCGUCUCCUGAGAUAUGGAUUGACAACAGCUAGGGGUUAUCCUCGUUCUGCUAAUUUGCUUAUCAUGUUAGAUACAACUGAAAUUAUUGACUGGUUUUCAGGGAUUUCUUGCCGCUGGCUGAAAUGGUAUGAAAAUUGUGCUAACUUUGAUGAGAUAAAGCUCUUGAUCUCAGAUCAUGUUAGGAAAUCAUGCAUUCGAACUUUAGCAGCAAAGUAUCGGGUACAUGAAACUGAGAUAGAAAAGCGGUUUGAUGAGGAACUUAUUAGGAUUCCAUCAACACAUGAAACAGAGAAGGAGAUGACAAAUGAAGCAUUGGAUGUUCAAGCUUUUGAUAACGAUGAGGCAUUAACGUAUGGAAUUGCUUCUAGUGGUGUGUGUUUGUUGUCUCUGGCAAGAAUUGUAACCCAGGCAAGACCAUGUAAUUGCUUUGUAAUAGGGUGCUCGUCUGCAGCACCUAGAGUCUAUACUCUACACGUAAUGGAACGGCAGAAGUCUCCAAGCUGGAAGACUGGAUUUUCAACUUGCAUUCAUCCAAGCUUAAAUAAACGACGCGUAGGGCUGUGUAAGCAGCAUUUGAGGGAUUUGUAUCUUGGUCAUAUAUCGCUUCAGUCAAUUGAUUUCAGUGGAUGGAAGUCAUAA